UUUGAGUCUUUUGCCCCCGCGCUCCUUGGUCGGUUUCCCGGCUCCUCGUAUACCCAGGAACGAGGACUUUAGUGGAGUUGAUUCUGCCCUUAAACGAGGUACGUUGUUUAAACCUGAGUUUCCCUGUUUGCACCAGGGGAAGAUCAACUGGCGCUGCGUUGCUUCCCGAGGCUGAGUACGCAAGGAGUGUUGGAAGGCUCUCGUCUCGGCGGAUUGCUGGAGAAGAAAUACACAUUAGAGUAUUCACUUUGUAAAAACACUGUAUGUGUUUUUUGUGGUUGUGAUGGGGUCAGAAAGUCUCAUGAUCCUUUAUGAAGAUAAUUCAGUGGAAAUCCACUAUGCAGAUGGCUCCAGAUUGCUCCUUUCUCCGUGUGGGUCAGAGUUCUUAUUUGAAAAGGCGAUUCCUCCCUCUGCGCAUCCAAUACAGCCACCGGAAAGAGUUCGCCAGAGGACACCGUUUGCUAUUAGUCUCUAUCGGGAACAACUCUUGCGGGCAAUAGAUUUCCGAAAUCAAUACUCUGAUCUACCCUAUUUACCUUCAGACAUUAUUCCUCCAGAAAGGAAAAAUGUUAUUUUCACAGAUGUCACUGAAGCCAAAUGGCCUGGCCUUCAUACGGCUAAGGAGGAAAUGUGUCUGCUAAAUGGCAAUGCGAAAGUCACAUCUUUAGAUGGACAUGCUUCUCUUUCUUUACCAGAGCUUCAGCAAGAAUUUACGGUGGAGUUUUUAUGCAAAGUAAGCGAGGGGCUAAGAAUCCCGUCAUCGUUUUCAAAGAGGAGCUCCUGUAAGUCAACCGAAGCAAGUUAUGAAAGUUCCAGUCAAAGCUCUGACUUAAAAACGCAUUCAAGGUUGCUAGGAACAAAAAUGAAGGGCAAUGUAGUUAUAGAAAAUUGUGCUCAAGAGAACAGUUCAAGGGCUGUGCAAAAAGAAGAUAAGAUAUCUCAGUCUUCCCAGAAGAGUUUAUUUGAAUACUGUAGGGUUAUACAGCAUAUAUCAGUGUCAUCCUGUCCUGAAGAAUGGAAGUACCCUUUGUCAUUAGCAUUAAGAAUCCAUCAGUCACAUAGUGGAAAUGAAGCUGGCUCUAAUAAAGGAAAGAAUGAAAAAGAUUGCCCAAGCCUGGAUCUUGCUAAUGAAUGCAGAAUGGCUGACACAGUUACUUGUCUACCUUCAGCGUUACCUCUCAGUUGUCAUGCUCCAUUUCUACACAGGUGGACCUUCACUGAUAUUUUUGAACAAAAACAGGAGGAGGAUGGAUAUCACUCAUACUCACAACCUAUCAAAAUACUUUGGAGCAAGGGUAUUACUUACAGGUUUUCUCUUGGACUUAGAAGCAUAGAAAUUUAUCCUGGUGAUGGAUCACUUCUUAAAUCGGAAGGUUUCUUUUUGGGGAAAUACUUCACUCGUUAUUGUAUUAACCCACAAACCAAACAGAUAGAAGAAACUAUGUAUUCUGUAAGCAGCCUACCACCAGAUGUCCCCGGGAGUCUCUACUCUCUAGGGGCAAUAAUAACACAGUCAGUAAGAGUUCUUCAACAUGAUCUUGAGAAUAUGCUUUCCUUGACACAUAAUUAUAAUGUUUGCUGCUGGAAAUUGUCUUCUGAGACAGGUGGAAGAGAAGUUUUACCAUUCCCUGUGGCUGAAACAUUUGUUCCUAAUGUAGGAAGAUUCUUUGCGUAUUCAGAUAAGAAAAUACAUGCUGUAUUUUGUGAUGGGAUAGUCCUGAAUAUGGAAUGGGAUUUCAGUACUCACUCUGGAAGAUCACAGAAUCCUCAACAGAACAACGCAGGUUGGUAUAAACUGACUUGUCCUGGAGGAGCACAGCAGCUGUUCCAGAUUGAUCAUCCUGGGCCCUAUGAGAGAUAUAUCACAACAGUGGUGGAAUGGUGCCAAAGCCUGAACAAGGACAGAGGGACAUGUACCAAUACAAAAGUAUCCAUUCAAGAACAAAGCUGGUCAGUUGAGGCUGAGCUUGAAAAAAUAAGACGAUUCAAUUUUUUAGUCGACAACAGCAAUAUUCCAGGUAGGUUUUCAACUGUGGGAAGAAAAUUGUCAUCUGGCCUAGAUACAGAAAGUGUACAGAAAGAAGUCUUUUUGGCAGAGGAUAUCAGUAUCAAGAACAUAACUGAGUCUCUGGAAAAAACUUCAAAAGUUAUAAAUGAUAUUGACUCUCUUCUGGCUUCUUCCACAAAAAAUCCUGGAGUCAAAAAUAUUUCAAGGAAGGUUGUCCGUCUUUAAUUUGACUGAAAAAGUAAAGGUCGCUAACUUCACAGAUGAUUGUAUAAAAUUUAUAUAAAUUAUGACAAAUCAUAAUUUAUUUUUUAAAGAUUAAAUAUUAAAUUACAAAGAAAUGUGAAAUGUGGCUUCACUGAGAUGCCCAAAUAAA